UUCAGUCCGAUCCCAGACACUCGCUCGGAUUAACGAUGCACACAGACGGAGAGAACGUCGACUCCUGGGACCUGGGUUUUACGUUCAGUCCUCUCGGACUAGAUGAAAUGAGCGUCGCUGCUCUGGAGACGACGUUCCCAUCAGAGGCCGAGUUCUCCUCGGGUGAUUACAGCGAGGACUCCAGCUUUAGAUCGGACCUCGUCAGCGACGCGGACGCUCGGUGUCUUCAGAGUGAAGAGGAAAGUUCCGGGUGUUCCGGGUGUUCGGGUUCUAAGACUUUGGGCCUCCGUACAGAGCGCAGCUUCUCGUACGCCAAACUGCACAAUGACGUGAGCGCUGCCUUAUUAAACGUGGAGUGUAAGAUAUGUGGAGAUCGAGCCUCGGGGUAUCACUACGGCGUCCACGUUUGUGAGGGGUGUAAGGGUUUUUUUCGGAGAACCGUGCGAUUGAACCUGAGGUAUAAACACUGCAGCCGGAACUGUCCGGUCCAGAAGAAAAGCCGCAACAAGUGUCAGUUCUGUCGGUUCAAGAAGUGUGUUACUGCGGGAAUGUCUCACACAGCCAUCCGCUUCGGGAGGACGCCUCUGGCCGAGCGCGAGAAGCUGAUGAUGGAGUUCCACUGUCUGGAUUCAGAGGCAGAAAAACAAAAAGCCAUCGCCAGGAAUUUAUACCAUUCUUACCUCAAACACUUCCCAAUGACGAGGAGCAGAGCCAGAGCCAUUCUAUCAGGAAAAGACGAAGAAAACACGCUGUUCAUCAUCCACGACAGGAAGUCUCUGAGGGCCAGUGAGGAGUUCCUGAAGCAGAAGCAGGUGUCGGAGUUGGCUCUGGUUCCUGCCGCCGAUCUGGAGCUGUCCCUGUUCCACCGCAUGCAGUACUUCAUGGCCGAGACCGUGUGUGAACUCGCAGAGUUCGCCAAGAGCAUCCCGGGCUUCAGGGAGCUGGAGCCGAGCGAUCAGAUCACCAUGCUGAAGUACAGCACCUUCGAGGUGAACAUGAUCCGUCUGAGUCACUUCACCAACAAGGACGGCGUCCUGACGGCCAGGGGCUGGAUCUUCAUAACCCGAGAGUUCAUCAAGAGCCUUCGGCAACCCUUCUGUGACAUGAUGGAGAACAAGUUUCAUUUCCUUUCUAAGUUCAAAGCGCUUGAGUUGGAGGACUGUGACCUGGCGCUCUUCAUCGCUGCACUCAUCCUGCGUGGAGAUCGUCCGGGUCUGGUGAACUCCAGAGCCAUCGAGGCGCUCCAGGACGAUGUUAUUCAGGCUCUGGAGCUCCAGCUGAAGGUCCUCCACCCUGAGUCUCCUCACCUGUUCGCCAAACUGCUGCAGAUGGUGUCGGACCUCUGGCCGCUGAUAGCCGAACACGUUCGCAAGAUCCACCAGCUGAAAGAGAGCGAGCUGAACUUGUUUCUGCACCCGCUCUUACUGGAGCUCAUUCAGGACCUCGACUAGAACCUAGAACACGAUCAGGAACCGAUCCAGUCUGUCUGAUUGUCCAUCUGAUGUUAUAUUAAUAACUUGCUUUCGUAAAUUUCCCAUAAACAAUAACAGCACAUCACCUUUAAAUGUAAUCUUACAGAAUUCCUUUUUUGUUAAAAUCAAAACAAGAACAAAUUUCUCAUUUGUAUUGGAAAAAGAAAAUAAAAUUUCUUGAA